CAGUUUGCUGUGGCAGGUAUUUCGGAGCCAGAUGAGAACCCAAGAUUAUCUGUGAAACAAUUUCCGCACCGUGGGCUAGAUUCCGAGGAGCAAGAUAGAACAUAUCGAUCUGGGUCUGAGAACGGAAAGCAGAAAUCGACGCUCCGGGAUGAUGAUCGCAAAGGCCAUCUGGAUGUACUAUUGCGUGCGACUGAGCAAUUCCUGGCUCAAGGAGAUAUCGCAAAAGCAGCAAAAGCGUUUGGAAUCGUUCUUCAGCUUCGGCCCCGCGCUCAAGCCAUCGAUAUUCGCCUCCAUCAUCUUUGGUCAAUUGGGUCGGAGAUCCUUAUGCGGCAGAGAGAGCAGCUGCAAGAGAUUGAUCAGCAACUAUCGGCUACCGGAGAUGGGAUUCAAAAGAUCGCACCCCGAUGGGGGUUUUCUGCCAACAUGAGCGAGUUCAAGUCGUACUUUGAGAUAUUGAUUCGUCAGUAUGCAUAUGAUCAUAAAGCGCCACACAAGCUCUCAGCAGUCGACUUUUGGUUGACCCUACUCACCUGCGAGCUGAGCACCAUCUACGCAGAGCAUCUGAGAGCAAUCGCCCAUCUGGAGGCUGAUACGAAUGUAUCUCUUAGUAGGCGAUCUGAUUUUGAAGUCGCGGACUCUGGGAUGCAGGAUGAGGCAAAAGAAGACUGGGUCAAGAGCCGAAGAGAAGCAGUUUGCCAACAUUCCCUCGCUGGUCUACGAGAUAUCAACCAACGGAUGGAGAAACUGGUGGAUCAAUUGCCUUACGCCAAAAACGAGAGCUUUCUGCAGUUAAGGGAGAUAACCUCACUCCUCUCCAUUGAUCUC